UUUGGGGGAUGUUUUUUAGUAUAAAAAGUCGUCUUAUACACCGGAAAAUACAGUAGAUAUUUAUAUGGCCAGGAAUAGCAUCUGCAGUGACAGUUAAGAUAAAAAUUACUAGGGCUAUCAAAACUUACACUUCAUAGUGUAAGCCAGUCACACCAGUGACUUUAAGAAAAUGGAGUUUGAUAAUCAUAUCCUGCAAUUCCAGAUGAUAUAAGGUCCAUCUAUAGGUAAAGAGAAAGAUUUGCUAACCAAGAAUGUUAGAUAUUGAUUAUUCAACUAAUCGUGUAAAUGCAUCAAAACCUAGUGGUUAUUCAAUACUCUCCAGGGGGUAGGGCCAGCAGCCAGUGCACUCCCAGCCCCACUCAUGGGAAGCCCCGUGCCAUUCUGCACUGCUGCUUCUGUUUAAAGACUAGCUCCCCAUACAAAGCGGCUCUCUCACCUGCCACCCGGUGCAGCUGCAUCUGAUUCCCCAUGGACAGAGGUUGUGCCAGCGUCCCACAGAGCUCCACAGUAGCCUCCCCUACACACUGAUAGAGAAGCAGCAGCACGGGGGGCGGGGGCUGGGUGAUAAGCGGUUCUCUGGAAGUUGAUACGUGCGGGGAGCUGGCUUAAAUGCCAGCUUUCCAUGUGUACCGGCUCCCGCCUGCCCCCCUCACCCUCUGCACUGCUACCUCUCUAUCAGAGGCAGAGGCAUGGGAGGGUGGGGCAACAGGUGGCUGUGCAGGAUCUGGUGAUAAUGGGGAAGCAGACUUAAAAGUUGGCUCCCACCCACCCCCCUUUCUGCCUCUUGUAUAGAGGCAGCGGGGGGAGAGGUGUGUCCAUGUGGUCGAUAGGAUUUAUCAAUAAGCCCCAGCAUAUCAUUUUAUCGUGUAAUUGUCUACACAUGGACAUCUCUAUUGCUAACUACUAGCCAUGGAAAUUCAUCCCAGGAUGUGAGGUUCAAGAUGAAUUCCUUCUGGCUCAUACACCACUAUGAAAAGGCUCUGUGCAGGCGAAGCUCCGCUUUUAGCUAAAGUCCAUUCUCUCUUGCUGUCAGAAGUUGUGCAGGUGUAACUGAGGACAGGAGUCAGGCUGGGAAUUGAAAUUAUUUAUUUUGAAUCAAAACAAUCUGUAUAAAUUAAUCCCCAAACUUCUGCAACAGGGAAAGAAGAUUUUCCUCCAUAAAAAAAAAAAAAAACAAUGAAGCACAUGAGGCAGGUUUCAGUUCUGAUGCUCAGAGAAGCACAGCAUCCACUACCCCAGCAGAAGCCAACAAAGAUGCAAGUGCUCAGCAUCCCUCAGCCAGACUCCACUGACUUGCUCAAAGAGAGUCGGUGGGAGGGCAGGUAUUGUACAUAGGAGCAUUUGCUCUCCAGCCCUCUGCUUAUCCAGGCUGAGCAAGUGGCUCUGACUCCAAACAAUCCUGUGACAGCUCAAGAGCCCAGCUCCCUCUUCCAUGGCCACCCCGCAUCUGCCGGGAUAAUGGGAGGUAAAACACAGAUGCCACUCAAGAGAGCAGGCAGGUCUUGACAAACCCUGGCGAGAGCUACUCACCAGCCCUGCACCGCGCAUGCACGAAGCGCCGGUGAAUGGGGCGCAUGGAGCGACUGGCUGAAAUCUACUCACCAUGGGCAAGUAGAUGCAACGGUUUGUUGAGCCCUGAUGAUAGGGAGGUAUCUUUUAGGAAAUUAUACAUUUUUAUCCACAAAGAUGGAAAUGAGAGUGCAUUGUGGUGAUAUGGGGAGAGCCCCUCAUUUUUCAUUUUCCUCAAAACGUGUUAAGACAAGCAUUUCACUUCCCCUUGGUUGGCAGUCAAGAUUCUGCUCUGACUUGAAUGAAAGUCACUUGAAGAUGUUAAAGGUAUUUUUCGUGUGCUGUUUUCAUUAGAACCUCAUAUGCUAUGGACUUAUAGAUAGACAGAUAGACAACAGAAAUGCCACUGAGUUGAGUGAAAGUUUGUGCACAGAGAAAUGCUGUUGAGCUGAGUAUAAAUCCCCACUUUGCUUAGCCAAUUAAUAUAUGUAACUUGCUGCAUGAUAUUAUUGAGGUAAAAAACAGAGUAAAAGUAAUGAGAUUUAACACCUACAUGAAUCUGAAUGCUUCAGUGAUGCUACCUGUGGGAAAAAUAACUAAGGCUAUCAAUCCUCCUGCUUCAAGGUGAAAUCUGAUCAUCAGUUGGGGGCUGGGAUACACCUUUGCAGUGAGGAUUUUGUGUCUUUUUGAGGUAUCUGGCACUGGCCUCUGUUUGAUCUCAUUUGUGUAUAUCCCAACCUCAGAUUAGAUGUAGUUGGGAUAUAAAAUUAGAUGAAUCCAAAAUGCAGGAGAUAGGAGACUAGUAUGGAUCAAUAGUCAGAUCUGCUACAGCAGAAAGUGGGAUACGUGACAAAACAGACCAGUGAAGUGAUGUGGUCCAGCAGGCUAUGGGCUACUGAACUAGAUGUAGUUGAUCUGUGUUAGCAGGGCAAACAGUAGUGAAUUUACCCUUGGGCCAAUUGUUUCAUAGGAUCAGGCCCAAGCUCAGAAGGCCCCCCUGUAUCUCUCUGUUCCUUCCAGCUACAGUGUGCAGUGGGAACCUGUAGGGCCUGAUGGGAAGAGGGCUAAGAGAGCCCAAGGUACCCUGGGAGCUGUAGUUCCUUGGCCAGCUCUCUGCCUGGAGCAGAGAAGGGAUUACAUUCCCCUGCAUUCCUGUGGCUGCUAGCAACAGGAACUCUGUGAAAGCCUUGCACAGCACUUACUGUGAAAGUAUCUAAAGAUUAUGUCUCCACUCCUGAGUAGUAACAGCACAUACAAGACAGAUGAUGGUGCUGCUCUACAAUAUACACUCGAAAUCAUUGUUUCCCUCAUUAUCUUCAUUCUCACAUUUAUCCUGGGCCUCCUGGGCAAUGGCUUGGUGAUCUGGGUGGCUGGCCUGAAAAUGAAGCGGACCGUGAAUACCAUAUGGUUCCUGCAUCUUGCUAUUGCUGACUUCCUCUGCUGUAUGUCUCUACCGUUCUCCAUCAUUCACCUGAUCCUCCAUGAGCACUGGCCAUAUGGGUACUUCCUCUGCAAGGUUAUCCCAUCAGCCAUCAUCUUCAACAUGUUUGCCAGUGUUUUCCUCCUCACUGCCAUCAGCAUUGACCGGUGCCUGAUAGUGAUGAAGCCAGUGUGGUGUCAGAACUACCGCACUGUGAGGCUUGCAUCAGUGACUUGUGUUUGCAUCUGGCUCCUGGCCUUUGUGAUGUGCUGUCCUGCCUUCCUCUACCGUGAGACCUCCAAAGAUGCAUUUGGCAAAACUGUGUGUGUUUACAAUUUUGAAGGUGAUACAGAUUAUAUGGAUUAUGGCAAUAAUUCAGUAAUGAACUAUGACUUUCUCCCAGAUGAUUAUCCUAGGGAAGAUCCAACAUUAGUGGCUGCUGGAACUUAUGAAGGCAUCAUUUUCACUCAUCAGCCUCCAAAUGAACAUCCAGAUUUCCGGACAGCUGUUCACACCAGGGCCUCUAGUGAAAUUAACACAAGCACAGCAUCUUCUGUAGUAUCAGCCAUUCUCAGUGCCUCAGCUGACAUGAGUUCAUCCGCUGAUCAUCCUGACUCUGAGCUAACUGAGACUGCUGUCAGCUCACCUAAUGUUGGCAUAUCUAAAUUGUCCAGUGUCCUCCACUCAGAGUUAUCUGAAACUCCUGGUGGUUUCUCGUACACUAAUCCUCCUGGCACCCUUUACGAUGGUACUGACUUACUAGAGAACUGGACUGAUAACUUCUCCGCCAGCAGUCUGUCAACCACCAAACUGACCAUCACUAUUCCCAGGAUUGUCUUUGGCUUCCUCCUUCCCUUUAGCAUAAUGGCAACUUGCUACAUUCUUAUUGCUACCAAGAUGCAUGGAACCCGGUUUACCAAGCCCCGUGGUAAGACCCUGAGAGUGAUCCUGGUUGUGGUGGCUGUAUUCUUUGUUUGUUGGGCUCCAUUCCAUAUAGUUGAGGCACUGUAUCUCCUAGCUAUGCCAGGAACUAAAUUCAGGGAGGCCGUGAUACUGUGGGACCACCUCUCUACAGCACUGGCCUAUACCAACAGUUGCAUCAACCCAUUUCUCUACGUUUUUGUGGGGCGGGACUUCAGGCAGAAGGCCCGCCAAUCAGUGCGGGGCAUCUUGGAGAAUGCCUUCAGCGAGGAAGUUACACGCUCCACUUUCUAUUCACGGGACAAGACCAAGAGUUCAGCAGAAAGGGAAAUCAGCAGCAAUAUUCUCUAAAAUGGGACUUCCAAGAUAGCAUUGCUAAGGCAGGGGGAGAAGUUUGUCCGUCCCACCUCCCCCUUCUCCAUGGCUGUAACUUUUUGCUUUAGGAUAGCAGAGCCAUAACAAUGUUAUUAGACAAUAACCUGUACAGGAUACUCACAGGGACUGGGGUAGUACAGAACAGGUCAAUCUGCCAUUUAAUAGCCUCCUGAAAAGAGGGGCAUGGACAUGCCAGAAAGGAAUCUUCUGAUGAGACACAUAAGGGAGGAAGAGAGCUCCAUACUUUAGAGAGAGAAACCCAGUUGUGAGAAGAUGUGUGGUGGAAUUAGGUAAUUACUCCUUGACGGUACUAAAUAAAAAUAUGGUUGUAACGUAGAGUAUAUAUGUACUACAUUUCUUAAGCAUGUAUCACAUCAUCGAUAUCACCUAAAUUACAAGGAGAAGUUAUUUGGCAUUUCUCCUUGGAAUUUGCUGUCAAACCUUUCCUUUCUCUUAACUCUGGGUUCACCUGGGACACUGAAUCUUUUUCACAGCAGUGCCCAUCAGGAGUUGCAUGAGUGGACUCAGGGAAUUUUAGUUUUCCUCACAACAAUGCAUUGUAGCAGACACCCCUAACCUGCUCAUCAGCACUGGAAACUGCCUUGCAUGACAGUAUUCCUAGAGUCUUUCCAUUUCAGUUAACCAUGGCCCUCCUCCCUACUAUUUCUGUCUCCAAAUGACCAUUUCUAUUAUUUGUCAUGGCAGCUCAAGGAGUUUCUUUAUCUCAGCUAAUACAUUACUGCACCAAAUCAGUAACCAAGGUAGAAGGGGCAAUUUUCUGAAAAACAACCCUCAUGCUGGGGACAUGGGUUCAUUAGAAAUACGACCCUCCUUUCUGGCUUUACGCUUGAUAUUAUGGCCUGAGUUAUACUGAUGAGGAAAUUAAGGUUGAUCUCGCCAAUCAUGGAGCUGUCACUACUGCAUCUAAAACUGCUGGACAUGCAAGCAAUCCGAGAGUGUCACCCAGGGGGUAACCCUGGAGCUGAGUCACCCCUUCUGUACAAUUCCAGAAGUAAGAGAGCAUGGAAAGCAGUUUGCCAGAAUUCCAACUGUGUGCUUGUUAAUUAGAAAUGAGAAAAGACUGAGAGAUAUCGAGGAAAGUGGUCACACAAAUACAGACAGUGCUAGAAAUACUCAUGCACACACACACACACAGGGCCGGCUUGAGCCAUUCCUGUGCCCCGGGCAGCGGGCGCACGACACAUGCGGCUCCGCUCUCAGGCACACAGCGCAUGCGCAGCCCCGCCUUCUGGCGCUCUGCACGCUUUACAGCUGCAAUCGGGCGCACGGCACCUAAUUGCAGCUAUAAGGGGCGCCACACGGCCCCCAGCGUGCGGCGCAUGAUGGCAGCUAUAAGGGGUGUUGCGCAUCCCCAGCCCUGAGUGCCUGAUGGCAGCUAU